UAAUAAUAAACAAAAAAACACAAAAACAAGAUGCUGUUAAAAAGUGUGUAAGAGCGAGAAGCUAACCAAAUUGAGAGCAAGCGCGAGGCGAGCGAGUGAGAGUCGCCUUGCCUGCGAUGGGGCCCAAGAAGCGUUCCAAUGUCGCUGAGCGAUUGCAUCGCUCCACAGCGACAACAACGGGAACGACGACGACGUCGACGUCGACGACGGCUGCUGCGGUGACGACAACAACAACAGUAACAGCAACAGCAGCAGCAGCAACAAUAGCAGCGUCGACGUCAAAAAAACGCAAUACGGGCAAGCAGCAAAAGCAAACGGAUGAGGCGGAGGAUAAAAAGAGCAGCAGCAGCAACAAUAGCAAAGCGGAGGCGAAGCGACCAACCAGUGCAAUAACAACAACAACAACAACAGUGACAACACCAACAACAACAGCUGCUGCUGCUGCCAGCAGCUCAACGCAGCCGAAACUUACGGCGGAGGAGCGUCAAGAGGAUGGCAAAGCGCGUGCCAUAAAUAAAAUGCUCAAAAGUUUGGACAUCAAAAUCCAUGGCUUUGACAAUUUGCUGCCCAGCGGUGAGGAGCGACUGAGCGAGGGACUGAAGAGCAGCAUAUCGGAGAAUGUGAAGACAAAGUCACGUGCUGCUGCCGUCAAGGUCAUAGCGACGCUCAAUCCUGGCAAGCCGCAUACAGUGAAGCGACCGCGACAACAGAGCGAGCCCGAGGGCAGCAAGGAUAAGGAGAAGGACAAGCAUAAAGAGCCAGAGGCGGAGCGCAAGGAUGAUGCCAAGGCGACUGCCAAGCAAAUGGGUAAAAAGAGCAAAAUUGAGUUGACGCCAAAGUUGGCUAAAGUUGCAGCCAAAAAGCAAAACGAACAGCAGCAGCAGCAAAGCAAGAAAGAGAAGAGCAAACAGGAGAAGAGCGCGCCAAGCAGCAAAAGCAAUAAAAAGUUAACAGUUACAGCGACGGUAACGGCAACGGCAACCGCAACAGCGACGUCAGCAGAGGCGGAGCAGCCGCCGCAGCCGAAGCCUAAACGCGCGCAGCUUGAUUCGAAUACGGAGCAAGUGCAAAUGGAAUUAGAAGUAAUUGUUAGCACAACAGCAACAGCAACAGCAACAACAUCCACAGCAACAACAGCCACGCCCAGAGCAACGCCAACGCCCACGCCAACAGCCACGCCCACAGCCAACAUUGAAGUGUCUGCAAAGCGUCCAAAGCAUAAAUAUAGCAAAACCACAGCAGCCAAAGCGCGUUUGCAGCAGGUCUGCAAUAGAGCAGCAAUGACCAUCUAUGACUUCAAAUCGGGCUCCGAGGAUGAGGAGCCCAUCAAAAUGGUGCUGCCGAUGCUAAAAGAGUUGCGUGAGUUUAGCGACGAGGAUAACAAGCCAUUGAAGCUGCUGGAGAUUAUAAAGCAAGAGCAGGCAGCAGCAGCAACAACAGCAACAGUUACAACAGCAACAGUUACAACAGCAGCAGCAACAGCUACAUCUACAGCAGCAACAUCUGCAACGGGCAAAAAGAAAAGUGCGCCAAGCAAGACAAAAGCCGCCAGCCCGCCCAGCGAUAGUUCAGGCAGCGAAAGCAGCGACUCGGAGUAUGAAAAGAAGCUGAGCAGCUAUGGAGCCAAGCGACAUCGCAUGGCCUCGCUAAAUGCGCUGGCCAAGGUGCAGUGCCUCUAUGAGAAUGAGUCGCGCACGGCGCAUGAGUUGGGCCUGUCCAAGGCGACGCAGCAGCCGCCGCGCAUACGCACGUUGGAUGGCAGCGAUGAUGACAACAACAAGAGCGACUUGCCGCCGGAUGUGGAACGCACGAAGGACAGAGACAAGGAGCAGGAGGAUAAGUCAAGCAGUGAGCUGGAGCCGCGACGUGAGCUGCGCUAUGUGCCAGGUGGACGUGGCGUGGGCAAGCACUGGGAGUUCGAUAGCGACAGCGAGGCGGAGGAGCUGCAACUGCAGCGCGCGCAGCAGCUGAAGAAGAAGAAGCUGCCGCCCAAGAAAGCCGCCGCAGCCAAGAAGCUGGAGCUGGAGGCCAAGCGCGCAUUGAAGCAGCAGCAGCAGCAACAGCGCAGCAAGCAGCUGGCCGAAGAUAGCGACGAUGCGGAGGAGGAAAAAGACAAGGCCAAGCCAGCAAUCGAUAAAACGAAGCCACCACCCAAAACGCUGCCCAAGAAGCGCAAGACCGCCGCCUUCCAUGAGGAGCUCAUUGGCGACUACAAGGGCAUCCUCGCACGCAAGCGCAUGGCCAGCCUCAAUGCCAGCGCCAUUGUGGCUGCCACCUAUGAAGUGGAGCGUCAUUUGGACAAGAAUCUGGCGAGUGACUGCAGCAGCUUUGAGAGCUACGAUGAGCUCGACGAGCCAGCGCCGCCGCCUGUUAAAACCAGCGCUGCCAAACAUGCCGCCGGCGCCGCCAGUCGUGGCCAGCACAUCAAGAAGGAGCCCAAGGAUAAGCAUAAAGACAGAGAACGCGAGCUAGCCAGAGAGUCGGCGCGCGCGCAGUGCGCAGAGGAGAGCAACGAUUCCAAAUACUCCAAGGAAACGAAGGAGACAAAUACGGACACCACCAUUACCACCACCGGUUAUCGCGGUGACAGCAGCAGCGCCAAAGAUGCCAAAGACUGCAGUCGCCCCACAUCCUCCAGCGUUGUCAUUGUCCAGGACACCGAUGUCACCAUCACCGGCGUCUAUGUCAAUGCCAGCAAUGGCGCCGCCCAGGAGGCCUACUGCAAAAUGCAAUAUCGCGUGCAAUCGAGCGUCACCGAGGAGCGACUACUGCGUCCCAGUUCGGUGGAGCCACCCAAAUCCUAUACGCCGCUCAGCGCUCUAUCGAGCAUGUUGCCCCCGGGCGCCAGCUCAGGCAUCAGUGAGGCGCACAGUUCGCCGCCGUUGCCGCCGGUGCAAGCGCCAGCGGGUCAUGUCUUACUGCCUGGAGAGCCGCUCAGUGCGGGCAUGUAUCAUGCGCCGGACUUGGGUCUGCAUACGGAGCAUAUGCCGGCGGAUCAUCAUGGACCGCCGCCGCCAUCGUAUGCAGCCGCUGCAGCUGCUGCCGCCGCCGCCGCUGCGGCUUAUCAUGCGCAUCAACUGGCGCCCGCUGGCGGCGGCGUCUUGCAUAUGCAUCACCAGCAUCAAUAUGCAGCCGCCCAUGCCGCGCAUGCCGCACAUGCUGCACAUGCUCAUCACUAUCAGCAGGCGGCGGAAUAUCAUGGCGGACCACCGCCGCCACCACCGCCGCAUCACUAUGGCGCGCCGCUGCCGCAGAGCCACUAUGGGCCACCACCGCCGCCGCUGCCGCCAGGUGGCGUGCCAACGGGACCACCAGAUCGCUGUGAUGUCGGCUCGCCGCCGCCCUCGUAUCGCGCCAGCGCCUAUCCGGCGCCACCGCCGACGGGCGGACCACCGCCACCCACAUUGGGCGGCGGCUCGAGCGCCUUCUGUGCGCCCAAUCCGCAUCACCAGCAGCAGCAGCAUCAUCAUCAUCACCAGCAUCAGCAUUCGCAUUCGCAUCCGCAUCAGACGCUGCCGCCCCAACAGCUUCAGCAGCAGCAACAGCUUGGGCCACCGCCACCGCAUCAUGAUCCCAGCGGUUAUUAUCAGCCGGCGGGUCCGCUGAUCUCGCCGCAUGUGAUUGCGCCACCGCCAGCGCCAGCGCCAGCAGCUGCAACAGUUAAGAAGUUGCCCGAGGAGGAUUCACCCAAUGCACAACAACAACAGCAGCAACAGCAGCAGCAGCAACAGCAACAUCCGUUAACAGUUGAGGGCGUCGAUCCGUCGUCCGGGCAGCAGCAGCCGUAUCCGGCUGUAAGCGCCGUGGCCGCUGCUGCAGCCGCCGCUGCCGCGCAUACGGGCGUGCCCUACUCCCGCUCCAUGCAUGCAAGUCAGAUGCACUAUACGACUGCCUAUCCGCCCAACUACUAUACGCCGUAUCCGGGCGAGGUCAUGUGCUAUCCAUCGCCCGCCUAUCAACCGUAUUUCUCCGGCAAAGUGUAUCAGGGCGGACCGCCGCCGCCGCCGCCACCACCGCCGCCCGGCCAUCCGGCGCACCGGACCCGCCGCCGCCGCCGCCACUGCGCCUAUCGACGCUACUCGUAUUACCAGCACCGCCGCGCCGCCCCGCCAGGGCGUCAUCCAGCGGCACAACACGGGAUCGAAGCCGCCAUCGCCAGCAGCACCGCCGCCGCCGCCGCCACAGCAGCGGGCACACAGCUAGUGCCGGCCCAUCAGCCGCAGCAUCUGGAGCACUAUCCGGCUCCGCCCGGCUACUACGCCGGCUACAGUCCCGGCGGCGCCACUGCCGCCGGCCAGUGUUACACGCGUGGACUGCAGGGUCCGUAUAUGGAGUAUCCACCGCAGUGUCCAUGCCCAAUGCAACAGUCGUGUCCAAAAAACGUCCUUACUGGGCCUCAUAUUGGUAGCAACAAGACGAACAACAACAGUCAGAGCAGCAGCAGCAGCAGCAGCAACAGCAGCAACAACAGCAAUUUGUUGCUGAGUACUAUGAGCAGCAGCAAUAUGUUGCCAGCGAUUGGCAGCAGCAAUGCGCCAACGAAUGCUACAGCAGCAGCAACAACAAUUGCUACAACAACAACAACAGCAGCAGCAGCGUUGACUACCAGUAGAGGCCCAGUUAAAAAUGGAAUUAACAACAACAACAACAGCAGCAAUGAGACCAAAAAUUAUGCUGACAACAACAGCAGCAGCAGCGAUAAGAAGACAACAACAACAUUUGUUGAGACCGCAACAGCAGCCACAAAUACGACAGCAAUUAUGGGCGUAACCGCAACCACCAACACCAACCAGCCAAGCACCAACAACAUUGGCACCCAAUGUCAAAUGCUGGUCAAAACGGAACGCGCCGAAGUUGAGGACAGCAGUCGACAAGUGAAGACAAAAAUGCAGUAUGAGGAGCAUGUCCUGCCGCCCCCCACGCCGCCCGAAAGUUACUGCGCCAGCGAUGAGAAGUUGCUGGAGGAAGCGGAACAGGAACAGCAGCACCAGCAGCAGCAGCAGCCCCCACAUGUCAAAGUUCAAUUGGAAAUGGAGUGCUACGAUCUAACGGGCAGCCAAGCGCCGCCGCCGCCAACAGCAGCAGCAGCAGCAGCUGUGGCUUUGCUGCAAGUGCCACGCAAGGCGCGCAUAGGCAAAAGCAUGGCCAGGGAAAUGGUCUAUGCGGCACAGCAGCAACAGCAGCAACAGCAACAUAAGCAAAUUAUAACAGAACCACAAUUGCCUUUCGUACUUAAAGCGGAAAUCAAAGCCGAGACCAAAAUCAAAAUUGAGCAAGACGCAGUCGAAGCAGCAGCCACACAUAUCAGCAAACUGCUCGAUCUGAAGCCCACAAUCAAAAUAGAGCCAGCAGCUGAGCCAGACGAGCAGCAGCCACCAACUGACAGCAGCAGCAGCAGCAGCAACAAGCAGCGCAUCAAUUUGUUGGCAACAGCAGCUCAAAGCAAAAAGACCAAAGCGCAUAGCUACAAAAGUUUGAUUAGACAGGCGGAGCCCAAGAAAUAUUUAUGUCCGGGUCGAAAAUUUGUGCGUCGCUAUGGCCGCACGCCGGCCAAAUAUGUUAAGCGGCGGCAACUCUUGCUGACACAGCGACAGCAGCAGCGUCUGCGCGCGCAACGACGCGAGCAACAGCAGCAACAGGCAGCGGCAGCAGCAGCAGCAGCAGCGGCAGCAGCAACAAUUGCCAUCGACAUAUUCGAUCAACGCGCCGCCAGCAUUGCCGCCAGCACUGCUUUGGCGCUGGCCAGCAAUUCGCCCAGCGCUUCGCCGCAGCGCGCGCGUCCACGCAAACAAGCGAUUGCUGCACUGCAUCUGCUGCCCACGCCCGAUAGUCCGGACUCGACGCUGUCGCGCGGCUACUUCAGCGAUCCGGAGCUGAGCGCCGGCAACAAGCCCAGCGCCGCUGCCGUUGGGCUCUAUGCGCCUGCCACGCCCUCGCCGCUGCUUGCGCCCACGCCCAAACCAGCAGCUGCUGCUGGCGCACAGCGCUGCAAAUCGGAAACCAACAAAACUGAGGCGCCGCCGUCUAAAAAAGCGCGCAAGCAAAUUGUUAAAAUCAAAACCAAAGUUAGCAACAAGUCGCGCAAAGCAGCAACCACAAGCGCAGCAGCAGCAACCAACAACAAUGUGUAUUUAACAGCAGCAACAACAACAGCACAGCAGCAACAUUCCGUUGAGCAGCAACACAAGUUCCUGGCGCCCACCACGCCAACAGAAAUGCAAACAGCAGCAGCAACAGCAACAGCCACACGUCAAACUGUUGCUGCUGCUGCUGCUUGUGGCAGCAACACGCAGCCAAAGCGCUCACGCUCCCGCUGCAAGUUCGGCAAUCGCAAGCGCCAGCGUCAGCGACCCGCCGGCGUCAGCUUUGAGCUCGACGAGACGCAGCCGCCGGCAACGCGCGCCAAUGUGGUGCCCAAGUGGAACAACGGCUGGAUGUGGGCGGGCAAAGCGUUCCAAGGCGCCGUUUUUCUCAAUAGCGAUGAUCCUUUGGUGCUGCGCACUUGUUAUCCGGCCAUGCGGCAUGUCGAGGGCGACAUCAUCAGGACGCGGGACUGUGUGCUGCUCAAGGCGAACGAGGACAACGAGCUGCCCUAUGUGGCCAAAGUGGCGCAUCUGUGGCAAAACCCCGAAGACGGUGAAAUGAUGAUGUCAUUGCUGUGGUACUACAGACCCGAGCAUACGGAUCAGGGACGACAGCGCAACGAUUGUGCGGAUGAGGUUUACGCCUCGCGGCAUCGCGAUCACAACUCCGUGGCCUGCAUUGAGGACAAGUGUUAUGUUUUAACCUUUAGCGAGUACUGCAGAUAUCGUCGACGUCUGCGCGCUGCUGAGGAGGAUGUCGAGGAUGUGAGCAUUGUGCCGCGACGCGCGCAUACAGCGAAUUGUUUUCCAGUGCGUCAAGUGCCGGAGCAUACGAAUCCGGAGCUGGUUAUGUUCUGUCGUCGCGCCUACGAGUUUCGCACGCGUCGCUUGCUCAAGCUGCCACAGAAGAAUGCGCUGCUCAGCUGCAGCAGCAGCAACAACAGCAGCAGCAACUACAACAACAGCUAGCGGCAACAAUUUGCAACAACAAUAAUAAGAAAGUGGAACAACAGCAGCGCAGCAAUGAAAUUUAAGCAGCGUGUGCUUCAUUAGCUUCUAAGUUGCAUCAGGUCAACACACACACACACACAAACACAAACAAACACACACACACACACUCAUGUGUAAGCUAAAUGAAUGAGAAAUGUUAUUAAGCAUUAAUUUGCUGCUUUAACAUAAUUUAUUAUUAAUUUAUUUACACACACACAGAGACACACACACAUACCUUGUUAUUAAGUUAAUUAUAUUUAUUACUUUUGUUUAGUCAACAAUCUUUAGUUUCAUCAAACGUUUUCUGCUUAGACAAGUUG